AUGGUGGUAGACACGACAUACUACGAUGCGCUUGGGGUUCCUCCAAAAGCAUCAGAACUAGAAAUCAAGAAGGCCUACCGAAAGCUUGCCAUAACUACACAUCCCGAUAAGAACCCUGGCGACGAGACUGCACAUGCCCGCUUUCAAGCUAUCGGCGAGGCUUACCAAGUCCUCAGCAAUCAAGAUUUACGGCAGCGAUAUGACAAGUUUGGCAAGGAAGAGGCCGUACCCGGGGGUGGCUUCGAAGACCCUGCGGAGUUCUUUGGUAUGAUCUUUGGAGGAGAGGCUUUUGUAGAUCUAAUAGGAGAGCUCUCGCUCAUGAAAGAUCUCACGAAGACAAUGGAUAUCACAGCAAAGCAGAUGGAGGAGGCGGAGGCCGCCGAGUCUGCUGAUGCCAAGCUGCAAGCAAAAGAGGGAAAGGAAGGAGCUGCAAAUAUAGGGGUUGCAGGAGCAGCAGCGUCACCGCCGAGGCCAACAUCUGACCUCAAUCCUCCCGCCAGCGACGCUUCUCCUUCAGCUUCUGGUACUUCUACCCCUACUCCUCGCCCUCGCAUCGGCCAGCAGGCUAUAAUGGACAAAUCAGAGGAAGAUGCCCGCAUGGAUGCUGCUGGCCUUACUUCAGAGGAAAAGGAGCUACGGCGUAAAGAGAAAAAGAGGGGCUUGUCAAAGGAACAGAGGGAAGAGCUGGCUGCUUACGAGGCUGAGCGAAAACGUAUACGAGAUGAACGUGUCGACACACUUGCCAAAAAGCUGCUCGACCGUAUUAGUAUAUGGACGGAGACUGACAAGGGUAACGAUGUGACCAAAGCUUUCACAGAGAAGACAAGAUUGGAGGUGGAGAACCUGAAGAUGGAAUCAUUCGGUCUCGAAAUACUACACGCUGUAGGACUGACCUACUUGCAAAAAGCAACAUCAUUCCUCAAGUCGCAGAAGUUCCUGGGCAUAUCAGGCUUCUUCUCCAGAUUAAAGGAUAAAGGUACCCUUGCAAAAGAUACUUGGAGUACAAUAAGUACAGCCAUCGAUGCACAAUUAACAAUGGAGGAGAUGGCAAAGAUGGAGGAAAAGGGCGGAGAGGACUGGACAGACGAGAAGAAAGCGGAAUACGAGAGGAGGGUCACUGGGAAGAUUUUGGCAGCGGCGUGGAAAGGGUCAAGAUUCGAGAUCCAGAGCGUGCUAAGAGAUGUCUGCGAUAAGGUGCUCAACGACAAGAGUGUCAAGAUGGAGAAGAGACUCGAACGAGCACAGGCACUGGUCAUCUCUGGCACAGUAUACCAGAACGCCCAACGAGAUCCAGACGAAGAAGGUGAUUACAUGGCCUUCGAGCAACUCAUGGCCGAUGCGGCAAUCAAGAAAGACAAGAAGGGCGAGAAGAAGGAUAAGAAAGAAGCGAAGAAAGCCGACGCUGCUACAUCCUCACAUCACCAUUCACACGACAAACCAACCGCUGCACCAAAUACAUAA